ACGCUCAGUUCCCUAGGAGGGGAGCGCUAAGAGCGGAGGGAACCACGCUUCUGCCUCACUCCAGACCCCAAACCUCCAGUGGGUCCUGAGGCUCAGCCAGCAUCCAAUGGAGGACAAGAAGAAGAAAAGGAGUCCCAAGCCCUGCCUGACCCAGCCAGCCCAGGCCCCGGGCACAUUACGAAGGGUCCCUGUGCCCACCAGCCACAGCGGCUCCUUAGCCCUGGGACUCCCUCAUCUGCCAUCCCCCAAGCAGCGAGCCAAGUUCAAGAGGGUAGGCAAGGAGAAAUGCCGCCCGGUGCUGGCCGGAAGUGGGGGUGGCUCUGCAGGCACCCCGCUGCAGCACUCGUUUCUGACCGAGGGGACGGACGUCUAUGAGAUGGAGGGGGGACUGUUGAACCUGCUCAAUGAUUUUCAUUCAGGCCGGCUGCAGGCCUUCGGGAAGGAAUGCUCCUUUGAGCAGUUGGAGCACGUGCGGGAGAUGCAGGAGAAGCUGGCCCGGCUGCACUUCAGCCUAGACGUGUGUGGGGAAGAGGAGGAAGAGGAGGAGGAAGAGGGCGGGGUCACUGAGGGACUGCCAGAGGAGCAGAAGAAGACGAUGGCCGACCGAAACCUGGACCAGCUGCUUAGCAAUCUGGAAGAUCUUAGUAACUCUAUGUAUCCUUUUCAAGGGACCUUGCAGCAUGUACAUGUGUCCCCACCUCCCACAGAAGAAAUCCGUUUUCUUCUCCUCACCACCCUCUAGGACUAUUUACAAUAAAACCAACAUCUCCCCUUUCAGUCCUGCUAAAGCGGAAUUGGCCACAAGCUGCCCCCAUGCAGAGUUCUCCCGAAUAUCAGGAGAAAAGCCAUUGCAGGGAAUGUGAUUUAUCUACUUAUGAAAAUCUCUGCAAGUGAGGCCCCUGGCUGGCUCAGUCGGUAGAGCAGGGUACUCUUGAUCUCAGGAACACGAGUUCAAGCCCCAUGUUGGCAGAAAAUCUUUGCAAGUACUUUACUGACACCAUGGCAAAACUUG